UUCCAUUUCACCUGGCUUUCCCACUCGUAACCUACUUUGACGUUUGGAUAGCAAGAGAGAGAGAGUUUUUGGAGGAACAAGUUUUUGUUAUUGUGCGAAGUCACCUCGUCACACGAAAACAGCCAUGGAAUAUUGGAGAUUUCGAUUUUUUCUGAUAGCCACAUCCUUAGCCCUGGCAGCAGCACAAAUGGGCAUGUUUUGCGAUCUGUCCAGACCUCAGCUUGAAAAAUUCAUGGACUGCGGUAAAGAUGGGUUUUCUUCAGAGGCUUCCAGCGGAUGGGUUACGUGUAAAGAAGGAAUUUUAGGUUUUACUGAUAUGAAUGGCACAGACACCCAUGCUAUUCUAUACAUGUGCGAACAAAACAGGACAAGAGAGAUUGAAGAUUGUAUGAAAAAAUCUGGAAAAAAAGUGAACCGGAAAGCUCGUGCCAAAAUGAUGGUCUGUAUGAUGAAGGUGCUCACAUGAUCAUCCAUCUUGCCUCUUCUUCAUUCAUCUUGUGUCCUAUGAUUAUGUCACAGUCUACUCCUCUCUCUCGUGUCUUCAAUAAAAUGUCAUACUCUCA